AUGGGUUAUUACUGGGCCUAUGUUAUGAACUCUAAUUUCACGUGGUAUUCCACAUGGGCUGAAUUUAAAACUCAAGAUGAUCUUGUUCAAAUGAGUAGUUCUGUUUCAGCAGUGAAUCAAUUCGAAACUGGAGGAUUCUAUGCCAUUGCAGCCACUUGUGCGAGUUCCUUCACAACCAUGUAUCCAAAUGGACCUGAAACUUGGGAAUUCACACGUUCCUCUGUUUAUGACAAGAUUGAUAUGAGUGUCAAUUACAGAUCAUUCAAAGUGUGUCCGAGAACUUUUGCACCUCCUCAACCACCACCAUUACCAACACCAAAACCAAUACCACCACCCUCUCAACCAUCAUCCAAACCAAGUUAUAAUGGAACAGCACGAGCCUCAGACGCUUCGAAGAGAUUUGAAAGAUUCAAUUGGGAUGGAUUGAUGAAUCGUAUAGUAGUAGUUUUGGCAGUUUGUAGCCAUGUUAUAAUAAAUUAA